CGCUCAGUUCGUCUUGUCUCUACCUAUCAGUAUUUGUUAGAUUGGUGUCGGAUUGAGUCAGAAAAAGAAAGAAAUAUGGAGGACGAUGAAAAGGACAUUAACGUAGAUGUUGUUGUAAAAACAAGCGAAAUAAGUGUUAUCGAAAAAGAUGAAAAUGACAAUUUUGAUAGCCAUCGAAAGUUGUCUGUGUCGUCUAUAUCGUCGUCGUUGUCACACGAGACUGUCUGUAAUGCGUUUUCACGAGCCACGGACACUUCAGAUAUGCGUUUGAUUGUUGAAGGAAAACCUUUAUACGUUUCCAGAUUAGUUUUGUCCAUAAUUUCACCAGUUUUCAAGGAAAUGUUUGAAAGACGUGCCAGGGAAUUAUCACUCUUUGAAAUUCCACUUUCUGGUCGAAAAUAUGAUGAAAUGUUGGAAUUCUUAUACAGUGUUUAUCCUGACAGCUUAAAACCUAUUUCAGAUGAAAACCUCUCUGUGUUGCUCAAACUUUCAGAAGAAUAUAAAGUACAAACGUUAAAAAAUCGUUGUUCACAGUUUAUGCUGAGACAGAUAGAAAAUGGACCAAAAUCAUUACCAGUGGAACAGCUUGUCUGGUUCAUGAAAUUAGCAGAUCACUAUAAACUUGAAACAAUAAUAGAUAAAGCGAUAGAACAGGCAACCAGGACGCCCUCAGAAUUGUUGGAAAACAAUUCAGAAUUUUAUGACCUUUCACCAACAACAACUACAAAAAUAUUUAUGGGUAGAUUACGACUAUUUGAAAAGUCUCAUCAGAAAAUUCAAAAGAAAGUAGCAGAAACUGAAGCCCAUUGCAGUGUUUAUCAUAAAAAGGACAGUAUUUGUACGAAGUGUUAUGUAUCAAUAGGAAAAUUAGCAAUAAGCGAGUUUUCAAGGCUAUGACAUUAAAAAAUAUAAACAUA